GCAACCGGCGCAACUCGCGUGAACAUUCAACAUGGCGGAUGGCGGCAAAACCUGUGCCGGGCCGAGUGAACUAAGUAUUUGAAUGUUGUACAAGUGUAGUGUGUAUCCACCAAAUAGUGUGAAACAAGCACAGUUCGUCGCUAGGCUUCAACCUUCACACCAUGAAAACAAACCAGGGUGCUCUUGUACGAGUGCGUGGAGCGCCUGUAUUUAUAGACAUUUACAACGAACAGUGUCAGAAGUUCAACGUUUAUCCGAGGCGAGCAGUUACUUCUAAACUUGUUGAAAGCAACACACUUGAGUUGUCAACCGAUGUCAUUCGCUCAGACGACUGGAAGCCUUUACUACAAGCACUACACCUGGAUCGUAGUUUGAAGAAGAUUGCUCUGUUUUCAUCAUUCCUUUCGAAUUACCCAACUGUCGUAGCUGACGUACCCAGGCUGCAGUUAAUCCGCAGGAUACAGAAAGAUGUUCAUAUUCCGCCACUCCUGACACCAGAUACCUUCAACGAUUUUUGUUCUUCUCUUUGUGACCACCUGAAGAACAACACUCUUCUGAAAACUCUUUCACUCCAAGGUUUCCCUUUCACCGUCACUCAGUUGCAACAACUUGCAAGUGCCAUUCAUCAUUCCAAGUCAGUGACACACAUCAGCCUUGAUGGCUGUCCAUUUGGUCGGCAGCAUGUAGAAGCUAUUUGCCAUGGUCUGAGAGGAACAUGGAAGCCAAGAGUGCUGAGCCUCAACAAUUGUCAAAUUGACAGUUCAAGUGCAGAGUCUCUGGCAUCACUUUUAGAGCUCCAGGUCGUACAGCUGCACGGGGAAGCUUGGAAGGAAGGCUCACAUAUACAGUCACAUGUUCUGGACAGAAGCAGAGGCUUACGGAGGCUUUCCUUAUGCAACAACCCUUUAGGUGAUGAUGGUGCAAUUGCCAUACUGUCUGCCCUCAAGGAUGAUACAUGGCUAAGAGCUUUAGAUUUUCAAAACUGUAGCAUCGGGAAUUCUGGUGCUAAAGCUGUGCUCGACACCUUGAAUGGAAAGUGUGCCCUUGAAGUGAUCGAUCUACGGCGCAAUCCACACAUUGAUCAUUCACUGAUAAAAGAAGUUGAAGAUCAAAUUAAAGGAAACUGUAAAGGCAGAAAAUGCAAGUUUCAUCUACUUCCUUUGGAAAAAACAAGUUUGAUUAUGGUAGCACCUCCACGUAUGCGCAGCCGUUCAGUUGGGUACACUGAUCAGGAGAAGCAUGUAAAGAAAAAUCAUUUACGAUCACGAUCUGAAGAACGUAACGUCAAGCCAUUCCACAAUCGGCGUAUGAAGCCUACCCAUCCCCCAUCAACAAGAAUGGGAGUAACCAGACCUGUUUCAGAUAUGAGGAUGAAAAGUCAAAAAGCGGAAAACGUUUUCGGUACAAGUUCAGCCGGAGAACGAAAGCUGGAGGAACAGCUUUUGACUUGUGAAGAAGACUUGAAGCAAGAGCGUGAAAUGAGGCUCCAUUCAGAGAAACUUCUGAUGCAGAUGUUUGAAGAGAACCGUCACUUGAGAGCAGAGAACAAAGCCUCUAGACCAGAUGGUUAUGUACUAGUGGAGACUUCACUAUUGGAUGCCGUGGAAACUACAUUUGUCAAAUUCUGCCAGUUCCUCGAAAUCAUCAAAAAGGAAAGCACGCCAAUACGUCCGAAGCACCUUGAGUCUCUGCCUCAUGGCUAUGAAAAGAAUGGAGAGCCUUCCUUGCAUGAAACGAAAGGCAGGCAGAAAGCAUCUGGAGCCAUACCCAAAACUAAACAAACACUUAACACCUCAAGGCAUUCUGAUGCUGCAGUGCAAAACUUUCAUGUAGCAAACGGAACAACGCCUAAGAGGACUGAAGCAUCUCGUGCUCCUUCAAGUUCUAUACCUACAAUCCAGAAUCUACCACCAACAUCUAUGACAGACAGGCACACAUCAGUUGAUGCAAGCUUGCUACAAGACUUCAUUUCAAGCAAGGCACAAAAACUGGUCUCAGAGCUGAGGUCAAAGUGGAACAGAAGUGGCAGCGAGGAGUCUAGUAUAUCGGGUACCAAGCAUACAAGGGAGCGAUCUGGGGUUCAAGGUGGUGUCAGUCUUGUCAAUAGAAAUGAGAGUCCAUCCCCGGCGGCAAAACAGACAAAAGACUCUGCUGAAAAAAGUGUCAGUCAUGCCAUGGAAGUGCAGGGUGGUCCGCCAGCCAUGUCCAUGUUAUCUUUGUCCUUGAAAGAAGAUUCAAAACGCCUCUCCGAGCUCUUGAAUGUAGAACAGGUUCCUUCAAAGCUAGCUCAGAGUUUAGAUACAUCGCAGGUAUUCUAUCCUUUAGAAAGUGAAUCCGCAGGCUAUAAGUCAGAUGACUUUGCGAGCACACAGUCUGCUAGUAGCUCUGCUGGAGAAAGAGACAUCAAAAGGAAGCUUUUAGCAUCAGGGAAGAGAAGUAGAGAAUCAUCCACCUCCUCAGUGUCCAGAGCAUCCUCCGCUAAACAGUCAUCCAAGGUACCAUCGAAAGAUUCAAAGGCAGGCAGUGCUGUCAUUAAAGAAAAAUUCAAUAGCCUCUCUGCAGCGCAGAAAUGUUCGCAAAAUACCAGCAUAGUUUCCUCGCUCAGUGAAGAGGUAGCGUCUGCUCACACUACUCUUUCAAGCCAGCAGAGCCCAUCCAUGAAUAUUCCAGUCACAACGCUAUCGUCCAAGACAACGGGCCCUCGCAAGGAACAGUCCAGUUCAAGGUCAAUUCUGUCAUUUGAAGCAGCAGAGCAUCACAAGAUGCUGUCCACUUCGAAGGCAGAACUACCUGUCACACCAUCUGUUAGUCUAUCUCGAGGACUUAGUGGAUCGUUCGACUUUCCCACAGCUGACAUUACUGUGAGCAGUAUCGACAGCAUUUCAAAGCAUCUUAACGAGGGAUGGUCGGAGAAAAGGUCUCAUUAUCUCAACUUCAGUACACCACCACAGAACCCUAGACUUGACAGAAACAUGAUGGAAAGGUCAGACACAGUUCGCACACCAUCGGAUGUUACAUUAUCUAGAAAUAAUUCCAGCAUUUCUACUCCAUCCAGUCCAGACACACUGACUUCGCCACGUUUGGUGGGAAGUGAUUUUGAUGGCUUCUAGUUUUGUUACUUUGGAAGGAUCGCAAGCAUAUGUAUAUACAAAAGUUUUCUUGCAGUGAUGUAUGCACUUGUGGAGUUGUUUUCCAACGUCAUGACGGUACAGACAUUUUUUAUGAAAUGCAAACCAAAAGUUGCGUCCGAUGUGCCCCGUAGGGCACACCCUUAGGCACACCUUGUGCAGAACCUAAAUAAAGCUCGGUUCCUGUUUGUCUAUCCCAGUGCUUAGUGGCGUCCCCUCAUCAACACGUGUUGUAGGAAGAUGGUACGAUCUUCUUCAUGUCCUUUGUGCAGCAAACCUGCACAACCUGUGCAGGUUUGCAUUGGUCAUUGCCCACUCAGAAUGGCAGGCGCAUUGACUUGUAAACCUUCGGCACCAAAGUGACGUUUAACGUGGCUUGAAACCCGGUCACAUUCACCACGGGGAACCACCAUGCACAAUGUAUUCUCUGUAUGGUGUAUAGUCACUGCGCAGUCAAAUAUAAGAAAAAGUCCGGAGAAAGUAGACAUCGGCCAGAUACGACUUCGCGUGACGUCAGCGCACCUGUGUGUAGCAGGCAUAUGCUCUCGUUGACCUCGUCUGCUGCCACUACUGCUACGGCGCCACGCAACGUCACGAUAUCUCCCUCCCAUCGGGACUGCGGACGUCACGAAGUCACGUCGACUUCCCUCGUUCUCUUACACGCUCUUUGAAGGAGUGAAGAGUUUUAGAGCGUGUGCAGAUCAGAAGCCUUUCUUGCGUGCUACAGGUCACCCAGGUUCGUCGUUGCAAGAGUGUGUUUAUUGCACAACAAGCCAAAAGCGAAAAAAAUAUGGAAGGGUAUUUCACUGUAAGUUGUAUGUGAAUGAACAAAAACCCUGGUGUUUCGAAGGCAAUCCGUACUCUGCAAUACCGGUCUCAUGUUCAAAGUUGACCCGAAGUGUAGAGUCACAUCAGAUGGAAAUAAAGUCUCAAUGCACGGAA